AUGCAUGCUGGAAUGCAUCGAGCAGACAAUAUCUCCGAUUUCUCCCGAUUACGGGUUUCUCUACAACCAGCGGAGCUUCGCGAGCUUGUCAAAGUGUGGUGUUGCUUCUACGUCGCCGUGGAAAAUGCGGCUACCAUGACCGGACAAGAGCCCUAUUUUCACAAAGACGCCACUAUUGAGCAGGCAUCUGAAGCAACGAAUCCAUUGGACCUUCCCGAAGCGGUCCACUGCGCAGUCAUGGCUCAACAAUUCUGCAACAAGGUACAUAGAGCCAUGACUGAAGUCGAGAGGCAACAAGGACCAGUCCCCCAAUCAUCGAGAGUCUCAGUACUGGAGGACUUGGAACAAAUUCACCUGCUUGCCGCGCGGUUUCAACUCCGAGCAUACUGGCUGUUCCACGACGAAGAGUCGGCUGCUCGACGGAAUGGUGUUAUCAAGGCCUAUGAAGACGCUACCAACCUUGUCUCCGGUUUUGCAGUCAGACACAGGACCGACAGUCCCUUCAAGUACUUACCCUUUGCACGAUAUCAGCUAUGCUUCACGAUAGGGGUCUUUGUAUCUAAAGUCUCGUCUUCAAGUUACCGGCCAUUCCUGGAUGUCGAGAAAGGAAAACGAGCCUUGGACAUAUGUGUCUCAUUUUGCAAGCAGUGCUCCGUCGAGGACAAUGAUCUCCCAGGCCGAACCACCAAAAUCCUGGCGCAGAUCUGGAAUCUUCACAGAGAACAGCCGGACACAGGCCUUGACCCUCCACGUCUUUCAGUCAAGUGUCGCCUCUUGGUCAGCAUUGUGUUUGACUCUCUGUGGCUAUGGCGUGCAAAAUACGCUGGACAACCAGGCAACGGAGCGCCCAAAUUCCCACCUCCAUUCAUGUCACCUGCAUUCACAGAUAUUUCCAACACGGCAUCCCCAGGUCUGAGACACCCGUCCGCGGUUUCGCCGACACGCCACGGAACUGAAAGCACCACGGAUCAAUCUCCAGACCCACUCAACCUUCCUGUGCCAUCGAGGGUGGUCCCUCCAAUUCGUUCCACCGCCGAAGGGCCUAUGCCCGACCCUACACAAGAAGCCUUUGAAGCUGUAACCGAAGACGAUGGUAUUAUGUGGGACAUCACAAUCCUCAACUCCAACCUGAUGUCUUUUGACGAGCUCGAUCCCUACCCUAACCAUGCAAUCGAAGACGACAGCUGGCUACAGUCACUGAAUUAA